CAUCAAAUGAAUAAAAAUUUUAAAUUGUAUGAAUCAUCAUCAGAUUGUUUAUGGUUGUUGUUUACAAAUGGACCAAUACUAUUGGAUUGAUCAAAAUAAUCAAAAACAACGAUUUAAUCAUGAUGUUCAUUACUAUAAUCAACGACAUCAUCAUCAUUAUCAUCGAUUAUUAUUAUAUUUGGUCAUCAUAUUGACCGGUGGUUUAAUACACGAUUUUCAAUUAUGGCAAACACAAUUGAAAUGUUUGAAAUAUUCAAAUCCAAAUCUAAUACAUGAAUUAUUUGUUAAAUCUGGUUGGCCAUAUUUAACGUUCGUGUUACAUAUUUGUUUAACAUUCAUAUCGUGUGCAAUUAUUUGUAAAAUUCAUUUUGAUCAUCGACAACAAUCAACAACAACAACAACAACAACAACAACAACAACAACCACUACUACUAAAAAGCUUGACAUACAAUUAAGAAAUUAUAUUAGCAAUAAAUUCAUACGUUUGACAAUGUUUAUAAUGAUUUGGUAUACUACACAAGAAUUUUAUGAUUUUUAUCUAUGGCUAACGAAUAUUGAAAGCCAUUCGUUUGAUAUUAGUGGCCAUGUACAUGUAUUGAUUUUAUCUAAUUUAUUUUUACAACAAGAAUUUCGUUUCCUUCGACAAUAUCUACGGCGACGAAGACGGCAACAAAAACAACAUCGGCAACAACAACAACAACCACAAAUAAUAAUUAAUGAUGAAAUUGAAUUGGCUCGUAAAGAAUUUGGAUCACACGUUCAUCAUCAUCAUCAACAUCAAGUCGAUGAUAUUGCAUUUUAUCCACGUUUUAUACAAUUUCAAGAUGAACAAUUUGACAAAUCAAAAAUCGAUUCGAUGAUUGAUACAAAAACAAUUAAUCAAAAACCAUCAAUGAACCGAAAAAAUGAAUCGAAAUCAAUUUUAUGGUUCGAUCAAUCCUGUCUGUUUAUCUAUUUAUUCACACGUUUCGUAUCAAUAAUCUGGGAUAUAAUUCUAUUACAGACGGCAUUUUUCUAUCAUACAACCAUUGAAAAAUUAAUAUCACUCAUAUGGACAGUUUGGUGUUGUCAUUUUCUUAAUUCAUUAUGUAAUUAAUUAAUUAAUUAAUUAAUUUAUUGAUUGAUUUGAUUUUAAACAAAAAA